GUUAUCCGAGAUCGAUCCUGAUCGUGAGGAAGGUGCUACCUAACUACCUAACUACGGGGUGAUCGAUCGAGCUCAGCGACUACUAGUCACGGUUUCCUGUUGGUCUACUGUUUGAAGUUGAAGUUUCGAAGAGUUUCAACAUGAAUCGAUCACUGUCUGUCCGAACCAGGAACCAGUCCGAGAGAGGACCUGGUCGGCAUCGCUUCUCCAUGGCAACUCUGCGAGGUAUGCAGCAGCCUGAGCUUAGCAAAAAGCUAUACAAGAUCAUCAAGAACGAGAAUGUGGUCAUCGGAGGCUACGAAUCCGCCGGGCGCGAGCGUGUCGCCAUCGCAGCUCAGCUGUCGGACUGGGGUGAAACCACGGGAGAUGACGCUGUCUCGGAUAUCUCAGACAAGCUGGGCGUCCUGCUUGCAGAAAUUGGAGAGCAGGAAGACUACUUUGCGCAGAACCUGGAGGAUUACCGUAGUAUCCUGAAGCAGAUCCGGAAUACGGAGAGCUCUGUCCAGCCUUCCCGCGACAAUAGAGCGAAGAUCCAGGAUGAGAUUCAGAAGCUGAAAUAUAGGGAUCCUACGAACACCAAGUUGGUUUCGCUGGAACAGGAACUUGUCAGGGCAGAGGCCCAGAAUCUGGUCGCUGAGGCUCAGUUGACCAAUACAAGACAAAAGCUGAAGGAGGCCUACGAUUUACAUCUGGCCGCCACAAUCGAACGAGCUGAGAAGCAGAUCAUUCUUGCCCGCCAAGGCCGUCGACUGCUGAAUCUGCUGGAUGAUACCCCUGUGGUUCCUGGGGACCCGCGGCAGCCAUAUGAACGCGGAAAUGACGCACGCCAGAUUCUCGAGGAUGCGGACAAUGAGCUGCGUGCUUGGGAGCCCCAUGUCGAGCCAGUCGAACGCGGAGGAGAGUUAGCAUCGAAUUUGAUGCCCGGAUCUGCUAAUCAGCAAGGGGAGCAGGCAGAAGAUACGAUCCUAGGUACUCCUGCUCCUGUCGCGGACGUUGAUGGAGCAGCGGAGAGAGUUACCCAUCAAAGGGAGGAGACCCAGUCAACGACGGCUAGCACGACAACAGAAAGGCCAAGCGGCUCAAGACUAGAGCCCACAGUCUAACGUUGUAUUAUCGUCCUGUCUGUUUAGGUUCUGUAUUGCAUUAGUAGUAAUCGUUCAUAAUGGUAACUAGUGGAGGACGCGAUGCGUUGAGGUUUGCAAAGUUAGCUUUCGUGUUAUAAGUAACGAUUUCUCCUCUUCCAGGCUAGAGGCUAUCAUUUAAUUGACCUAGUGGAUUACAAUUCUUCGUCAAUAUUCAUUUGAAGACACUGAGUAGUUACA